CGUAGCUUUCUUUCCUCCGGGUUCGCUGCUGCAGUUGGUUCCCGGCGGCAACCGCCGGGGAUGGAAGCUUCCUGGCGCCAGGUGGCCAGUGGCCGAGGCCGAGCCCGAGGACGGGCCACUGCGGCCCCCUCCUCAGGAAAUGGAGUCCAUCUUCGCGGCGCCGGAGGGGGGCGAGAGAAGGGGUCGGUGGGCGCUGCUGGCCUUGGCCCCAUUCCCGGUGGAGCUGCAACCUCUGCGGCUGCAGGUAGCUCAGCCCGGCGCAGCCCCGCGGGAUCUGAAGCGCCGCAGACUUCCGUGGCCAGUGAGCUAAUGUCUCAAAAGAAAUUUGAGGAAAUCAAGAAGGCUAAUCAAGCUGCAGCCAAAAAACUUGUUGAAGAACACUUUAACUCUUCAUCUGAAGAAGAAGGAGAUGAGGAUUUUGAAGGAAAAAGAGGAAAAAUAGUUGCUAAUACGUUUAUAACUUACACGACUCAGACAGAUGGAGAUGUUCGUGAGUUAGAGCGAACAAAACAGUAUGUAAAUGAAGCUUUUCAAGCAGGGGCUAUGACAUGCUUAAUUUGUAUUGCUUCAGUGAAGAGAAACCAAGCAGUUUGGAGUUGUUCAGGAUGUUUCUGUAUAUUUCACAUGCCCUGUAUCCAGAAGUGGGCUAAAGACAGCCAGUUUCUGGUGUCUUCUCCUUUGACGGAUGAUGAUUUUGGAAAGAGAGAUUAUCCCUGGCCUUGUCCAAAAUGUAGGUUUGAAUACAAACGAUCUGACACACCUAGUAGGUACUAUUGCUAUUGUGGCAAAGUGGAAGAUCCACCUUUAGAUCCGUGGCUUGUGCCUCAUUCAUGCGGCCAAGUAUGUGAGAGAGAUUUUAAACCUCCUUGUGGCCAUAAGUGCUUACUCCUCUGCCAUCCAGGUCCAUGCCCUCCUUGUCCUAAGAUGGUCACAACUACUUGUUAUUGUAAGAAAGCAAAACCUAUCCCUCGUCGGUGCAGUGCUAAGGAAUGGUCCUGUCACCUGCCAUGUGGACGGAAAUUGCUUUGUGGACAGCAUAAAUGUGAAAAUCCUUGUCAUGCAGGAAGUUGCCCACCCUGUCCAAGAGUUAGUAGGCAAAAGUGUGUCUGUGGCAAACAAGUAGCUGAAAGAAGCUGUGCAAGUCCACUGUGGCACUGUGAUCAAGUAUGUGGGAAAACACUGCCAUGUGGUAAUCAUACAUGUGAGCAAGUUUGCCAUGUAGGUGCUUGUGGAGAAUGUCCUCGAUCUGGGAAAAGGUUCUGUCCAUGUCAGAAGUCAAAGUUUUCUUUGCCUUGUACAGAAGAUGUACCAACUUGUGGAGACAGUUGUGACAAAGUACUUGAAUGUGGAAUCCACAGAUGUUCACAGCGUUGUCACCGAGGUCCUUGUGAAACAUGUAGACAAGAAGUGGAGAAGCAUUGUCGUUGUGGAAAGCAUACAAAACGAAUGCCGUGUCAUAAACCGUAUCUUUGUGAAACUAAGUGUGUUAAGAUGCGGGACUGUCAGAAGCAUCAGUGUAGGAGAAAGUGUUGCCCUGGAAACUGUCCACCUUGUGAUCAAAACUGUGGACGGACUUUAGGAUGUAGAAACCAUAAGUGUCCAUCUGUCUGCCAUAGAGGUAGCUGUUAUCCCUGCCCAGAAACUGUAGAUGUGAAGUGCAGUUGUGGUAAUACAAAGGUGACAGUACCCUGUGGCCGAGAACGUACCACAAGACCCCCCAAGUGCAAAGAGCAGUGCAGUCGACCACCAACUUGCCAUCAUACAAGUCAAGAAAAACAUCGCUGUCACUUUGGCUCUUGUCCUCCAUGUCAUCAACCUUGCCGAAAGGUUUUGGAGAAAUGUGGUCACUUGUGUCCUGCUCCAUGUCAUGAUCAAGCAUUAAUAAAGCAAACUGGCAGGCACCAGCCUUCAGGCCCUUGGGAACAGACUUCUGAACCAGCAUUUAUUCAGACUGCAUUGCCUUGUCCUCCAUGUCAAGUGCCUAUUCCUAUGGAAUGUCUUGGGAAGCAUGAGGUGAGCCCACUACCAUGCCACACUGUAGGACCCUACUCUUGUAGGAGAGUUUGUGGACGAACCUUAGAUUGUCAGAAUCAUACAUGUAUGAAAGAGUGCCACAAAGUAACUGAAAUUGAUUCCUGCACUGACAAAAACAAGGCUGGCCCAGAAUGCCUUCAGUGUGAAGAAGGGUGCUCUAAAUCACGGCCGCCAGGUUGUCCUCAUCCGUGUGUUUUGCCAUGUCACCCUGGAGAGUGUCCUCCCUGUGUUCAGAUGCUUAGAGUAAAAUGUCACUGCAAGAUCACAAGUCUUUAUGUGGAAUGUAGAAAAAUAACCACAGCUGAUGUAAAUGCAAAGAACCUCCUUAGUUGUUGCAAAAAUCAGUGUCCUAAAGAGCUUCCUUGUGGUCAUAGAUGCAAAGAAAUGUGCCAUCCUGGUGAAUGUCCCUUUAAUUGCAACCAAAAGGUGAAACUUAGAUGUCCUUGUAAAAGAAUUAAAAAGGAAUUGCAGUGCAACAAAGUACGUGAAAAUCAGAUUUCCAUAGAAUGUGACAUAACGUGCAAGGAAAUGAAGCGGAAAGCAUCUGAGAUAAAAGAAGCAGAAGCCAAAGCUGCUCUUGAAGAAGAAAAACGAAGACAACAGGCCGAACUGGAGGCUUUUGAAAACAGACUGAAGGGUCGUCGGAAGAAGAACAGGAAGAGAGAUGAAGUGGCAGUUGAGCUAACGCUGUGGCAAAAAUAUAAAUAUUAUCUCUUUCCAGUGUGUGCAGUUGUGGUUUUAGUGUUUGCAUGGUACAUAGCCCAUGGUGUGGAUUAAAAAAUGUUUGAUCUCUUAAUAUACCUCAGAUUAGAUUUCGAUAAGUUGUUAAAUUUGGAAUAUUAGAAAGUGAAUGUUGUAGAACAUGAUAUAUAUUCAUCUCUCUAUUCUCUUCCAGCGGUUGUUAGAAGGACAGAAUGUUAAGC